AUGGUGGUGCGCACCAUUCGCAAGUCGAAGGAAAACCUGCCCUACAAGCGACAGUCAGUCGUGAACUUCUGCGUCGCCCAGUACAGGAAGUGCAACCUGGCUGGCGUCAUCGUCGCGGAGAAACGCGACGAUAACCAGAAGAAGAUCGCCUACACUGUUGAGCUCUAUGGCAUAGAAGGCCGGAAAGUCAUUGCAGUCGCUGACGUGAAGCACUCCAAAGGAGCAGGAUACGAGAAAGCAGUGGAGGCGUUGCGCACGAAGGCCGAGAAGUUGAAGAUCAAAAAGCCGAGCUCCAACACGGUCGAGAAUUGGCGGCUCUUCGAGAGUGCGCGGGCCAACGGUGUGGCGGCAAAGUUUUAUGGUGGCUUUCAAAAACGCUGA